AUGGACUGGAUCACAGCAGCCCAAAUCCUCGGCCUCAUACUAGUCCUAUGGCUCUUCACAGCCUACAUGACCAGAUCCUUCCCAACGCUCCAAGGAAAACGCAUCCUCCUCCUCAUCGCCCACCCAGACGAUGAAGCAAUGUUCUUCUCCCCAACCCUCCGCUGGCUGACCCGCCCGGAACUCGGAAACAUCGUAGUGAUCCUCUGCCUCAGUUCUGGCGACGCAGACGGUCUCGGACAUAUCCGAAAGGAAGAACUCACGAAAAGCGCGCUGCAGCUCGGAAUCCGCUCUGCAGAACAUGUGGUUGUCGUGGAGGAUAAGAAUUUUCCGGACUCCAUGACUGCGACUUGGGACCCGAAACUCAUCUCACAAUUGCUCGCGAGAUUGUUCGCUCCUAAUGCGGCGACUAUGCCUACCAACCAGGCGCCUACAGCUGGUAUUGACGCCAUUGUUACUUUUGACGAGGGCGGGGUAUCGGGUCAUCCCAACCACAUUUCACUCUACAAUGGCGCGGUCGCGUUUCUCAAGACGUUGAUGCAACGGCAUAGAGGUUGGAAGUCCCCGGUCAAGCUCUACACUUUGACUACGACCAAUGUUGUGCGAAAGUACGGCAGCAUUCUCGAUUCGGUGUUUACGGUUCUCGCGUGCAUAGCGAGCAGGAAGGAGRAGGGGGAAUUUCCGACGCCAUUGAUGAUGGUCAGCUUUGCUGGAGAUGUGCGGAAAGCGCAACUAGCCAUGACCACUGCUCACAAGAGCCAGAUGCGCUGGUUUAGAUGGGGUUGGAUUGGAGUGUCGAGAUAUAUGGUCAUGAAUGAUCUCAGRAAGUACAAGGGCUUCUGA